CUUCCUUCGCCGAGUCCACUCUUCUCUCGCUUCUCUUUUAAAACCUCCGCAUAAAUCCCAGACUCCCUCUGAACACAGCACAGCAAGGACGCGACGGCGAGGCUUCGUGGAGUUUGCAUUUCCCCGAUCGAUCAUCGACGCCGCAAUCGAAACACGACUUCAAUGUCGCCGUCGUAGCUGCUCGAGGACGCGUCUCAAAGCUCGGAAGAAGAGAGAUGAAGACCUGGCCUAGAUCUGGGUUCUGGAUUGUUGUUGCGUUGGUUUGUCUGGGACUGGCGUGCGUUCAUGGAGAGGAUCGGCGGCCCAAGAACGUGCAGGUCGCGCUCCGGGCCAAGUGGUCCGGCACUCCGUUGCUCCUGGAAGCCGGUGAACUGCUAUCAAAAGAAUGGAAAGACCUCUUUUGGGAGUUCAUUGAGGUUUGGCUUCACUCCGAGGGAACUGAUGCUGAUGCCGACUCCUCUACGGCCAGGGACUGCCUAAAGAAAAUUUUAGGGCACGGAAACUCUUUGAUAGGUCAUUCAUUGGCAUCAUUGUUCGAAUUCUCUCUUCUUCUCAGAUCAGCAUCGCCACGAUUAGUGCUUUAUAGGCAACUAGCUGAGGAGUCUCUCUCAUCUUUUCCUCUGGCUGACGAUGUUAGCUCAAGUAAUGUGAAUCCUGGGUUUCCUAAAGAAAUGGAGGGAUUAAAGAGAAAGUUAGAUUCCUUGCCUGUUGGUGUGAAUCCAGAUAGCCCAAAUGGGAGAUGUUGUUGGGUAGAUACUGGAGGGGAACUGUUCUUUAAUAUUGCAGAGCUAAACUUGUGGCUUCAAAAUCCUGAACGCAGUAAUGGAGAUGUUUUUCAUCAGCUCGAACUCUUUGACUUUGAUCACGUAUAUUUGGACUCAAAUAUAGAAAGUCCAAUUGCUAUCCUAUAUGGAGCUCUUGGGAGUAACUGCUUCAAGGAGUUCCAUGGAGCUCUUAUUGAGGCUGCUAAGAAGGGCAAAGUAAUUUAUGUUGUCAGGCCAGUAUUGCCAUCUGGCUGCGAAUCAAAAGUUGGUGUUUGUGGUGCCCUUGGAACAGAAGAUUAUGUAAACUUGGGCGGUUAUGGUGUGGAGCUUGCUCUGAAGAAUAUGGAAUAUAAGGCUAUGGAUGAUAGUGCGGUGAAAAAAGGUGUCACUUUGGAAGAUCCUCGGACAGAAGAUCUUACACAAGAUGUUAGAGGAUUCAUAUUUUCCAAGAUCUUGGAACGCAAGCCUGAGCUGACUUCUGAAAUUAUGGCUUUCAGGGAUUAUUUAUUAUCAGCGACGGUAUCAGAUAGCCUUGAUGUUUGGGAACUGAAAGAUUUAGGACAUCAGACUGCACAGAGAAUAGUUCAUGCUUCAGAUCCUUUGCAAUCAAUGCUGGAAAUCAACCAGAAUUUUCCUACUGUAGUUUCGUCAUUAUCACGGAUGAAGCUAAACGAUUCAGUGAAAGAAGAGAUACUUGCAAACCAGCGAAUGAUCCCACCUGGGAAGUCUUUAGUGGCGCUGAAUGGGGCUUUGAUCAAUAUUGAAGAUGUUGACCUCUUCCUGUUAAUGGACUUGGUUCAUCAAGAUUUGUCUCUAGCUGACCAGUUUGCAAAAAUGAAGAUUCCCCAAAGUGCUAUUGUGAAACUCUUGAGGACUUUGCCUCCUCCCGAGUCCAACAUGUUCCGGAUCGAUUUUCGUUCAAGUCAUGUUCAUUAUCUUAACAACUUGGAGGAGGAUCCCAUGUAUAGGCAAUGGAGGAGCAACCUAAAUGAGAUAUUGAUGCCUGUUUUCCCCGGACAACUACGUUACAUCCGCAAGAAUCUUUAUCAUGCUGUUUAUGUCAUUGACCCAGGCUCUGUCUGUGGCCUUGAGUCAAUUGAUAUGGUUAUAUCUUUGUACGAGAACAAUUUUCCCGUGAGAUUUGGCGUGAUACUAUAUUCUUCCAAUUUCAUAGAGAAGUCUGAAAUAAACAGGGUCUCACGCCAUGCUGAGGAUAAUGGCGGUCAAACUGAGGAUCUAUCCAGCUUGAUAAUUGGACUUUUUGUUUAUGUCAACGAAAAUUAUGGAACUCACUUGGCCUUCCAGUUCUUGAGCAGCGUUAACAGAGCACGGAUUGAGUCUGUGGAUUCUGAAGAUGAUACUCUCGAAAGGCACCAUAUAGAAGGAGCAUUUGUAGACACAGUGCUACCAAAGGCAAAAUCGCACCCACAAGACAUUCUAUUGAAGCUGGAAAAGGAUCAAAAUUUUCAGCUAUUGUCUCAAGAGAGCUCCAUGUUUGUUUUUAAGCUGGGGUUGGCUAAGAGGGGCUGUUGUCUCUUGAUGAACGGUCUUGUCCUAGAUGCUAACGAGGAGGCUCUCAUGAAUGCAAUGAACGAUGAGCUUCCAAAAAUACAGGAGCAAGUUUAUUUCGGGCACAUAAAUUCCCACACCGAUGUGCUUGAUAAAUUUUUAUCAGAAAGUGGUGUGAGCCGCUAUAACCCUCUGAUCAUUGCUGACAGCAAAGCUAGACCACGGUUCGUGUCCCUCUCAUCACUUGUUCUCCGAGGAAAAUCUGUCCUGAAUGAGAUCAACUACUUGCAUUCUCCUGAGACAAUGGAUGAUCUGAAGCCUGUGUCUCAUCUUCUUGCAAUCGAUGUGACAUCAGAGAAAGGGACGAAGUUACUUCGCGAAGGAAUUAAAUAUCUGAUGGGAGGGUCCAAAAUUGCUCGUUUAGGAGUGCUAUUCAAUGCUAAUCAGAGUGCUGAUUCCUCUAGUCUGCUCUUUGUGAGAGUUUUUGAAUUUACUUUAUCCUCUUAUAGCCACAAAGAAAGAGUUCUGUACUUUUUGGAUCAGCUGUCUUCAUUCUAUGAGAACAAGUAUAUUCUCGUUUCUUCAAUAGCCGCUGAAAGUACUCAGGCAUUCAUGGGUAAAGUCUAUGAGCUGGCUGAUGAAAAUGGAUUAUCUUCUGAUGCCUUUAAAUCAAUGCUACUAGAAUUUUCUGUCAACAAGAUGAGAGGAGAUCUGAAUAAGGUUGCACAAUGUUUGUAUACGCUACUUGGCUCUGGAUCCAAUGUCAAUGCGGUCAUCACCAAUGGAAGGGUGUUGUUUCCUGUUGAAGACACUUUUUUGAGCGAUGAUCUACGACUUCUUGAGUCUGUGGAAUUUAAGCAGCGAACCAAGUACAUAAUGGAAAUCAUUGAAGAAGUAGAGUGGCAAGAUACAGAUCCUGACUUGCUAACAAGUAAAUUCAUUAGUGAUGUUAUUAUGUUUGCAUCAUCUGCAAUGGCCCUGCGCGAACGGAGUUCUGAAAGUGCACGAUUUGAGGUUUUGAAUUCUCAGAACAGCGCUGUUUUGUUGGGUAAUGCAAAUGCUAGUCUCCAUGUUGAUGCGGUCAUUGAUCCUUUGAGUCCAUCUGGGCAGAAGCUAGCUUCGCUUCUUCGCAUCUUAUCGAAGUAUGUUCAGCCAAGUAUGAGAAUUGUACUCAAUCCCAUGAGUUCCCUUGUGGAUCUUCCUUUGAAGAAUUAUUACAGAUAUGUGGUGCCGACAAUGGAGGAUUACAGCACUAUUGACUACUCAAUAAAUGGACCUAGAGCUUUCUUUGCAAAUAUGCCGUUGUCAAAAACUCUCACCAUGAAUCUUGAUGUUCCCGAGCCAUGGCUUGUAGAGCCUGUCAUUGCUGUCCAUGACCUGGAUAACAUUUUGCUCGAGAAUCUUGGAGAGACAAGAACCCUGCAAGCUGUCUUUGAGCUCGAGGCACUUGUCCUUACUGGUCAUUGUUCUGAGAAAGACCACGAACCUCCUCGUGGCCUUCAGUUGAUUCUUGGAACAAAGAGCAAACCUCACCUGGUGGAUACCCUUGUUAUGGCCAACUUGGGUUAUUGGCAGAUGAAAGUUUCUCCUGGGGUUUGGUUACUACAACUUGCUCCAGGCAGAAGUUCUGAGCUUUAUAUUUUUAGGGAAGAUGGUGAGGGAAGCAGGAAUGAGCCUUCACUAAAGCGCAUCAUGAUUAAUGAUUUGCGGGGAAAAGUAGUUCACCUGGAAGUGGUGAAAAAGAAAGGCAAGGAAGAUGAAAAGUUAUUAGUUUCAAGCGAUGAUGAGCACCAAUCACAAGAAAAGAGAGGAACCCAGAAUUGGAACUCUAACAUACUGAAAUGGGCAUCUAGUUUACUUGGUGGCAGUGAGCAAUCAGGGAGUAGAAGUAUGGCACAAGAGCAUGGGAAGGGUGGAAGGCAUGGAAAACCAAUUAACAUCUUUUCUAUUGCUUCUGGACACCUGUACGAACGUUUCUUGAAAAUCAUGAUCUUGAGUGUCCUGAAGAAUACGCAGCGCCCUGUAAAAUUCUGGUUCAUAAAAAAUUAUCUCUCCCCUCAAUUUAAGGAUGUGAUCCCACAUAUGGCUCAUGAGUAUGGUUUUGAUUAUGAAUUGAUCACCUACAAGUGGCCUACAUGGCUGCAUAAGCAGAAGGAAAAGCAAAGGAUUAUAUGGGCAUAUAAAAUUUUGUUCCUAGAUGUCAUCUUUCCCCUUUCUCUAGAGAAGGUUAUAUUUGUUGAUGCAGAUCAGGUGGUGCGAGCAGACAUGGGAGAACUUUAUGACAUGGAUCUGAAAGGAAGACCGCUUGCAUAUACUCCUUUUUGUGACAACAACAAAGAAAUGGAUGGAUAUCGCUUUUGGAGACAAGGUUUCUGGAAGGAGCACUUACGCGGAAGACCAUAUCAUAUAAGUGCACUGUACGUUGUUGAUUUGUUGAAAUUUCGAGAGACUGCGGCAGGAGAUAACCUGAGAGUUUUCUACGAAUCUCUCAGCAAGGAUCCAAACAGUCUGUCCAAUCUUGAUCAGGAUCUCCCGAAUUAUGCUCAGCACAUGGUGCCUAUCUUCUCAUUACCCCAAGAAUGGUUGUGGUGUGAGUCGUGGUGCGGUACAGCCACCAAAUCCAAGGCAAAGACCAUUGAUCUUUGCAACAAUCCUAUGACAAAGGAACCCAAGCUUCAGGGUGCAAAGAGAAUAGUUUCUGAAUGGCCUGAUCUCGACCUAGAGGCAAGAACGUUUACUGCAAAAAUUCUUAGGGAUGAAUCUGAACUUCAAGAAACAAGGGCUUCGGAUAAGUCGCAGGGUUCACAGGUUGAUGAGCCAUCAGUAGAAGAAGUUGACCUUGAGUCUAAGUCAGAGCUGUAAUGGCAUUGUGCCAUCUCAAUAUAAUGCUCAUUCGGCCAUGAUGUGAUUGAUCCCAAUUGUCAUCCUGAUCGAGGCUGGAGGGCUAACUAUCAACAAAAUAUUGUUUUGGAAUUGCAUCAACUAAGCAAAAACAAGCGGUUAUGGGGUGAGUAUGCUAUCGAGAUGGGGACAGAGACGCACCAUCAAGAAAAUGAGGUCAUGGGGAGGCUGUGAGAAGGCAAGGUAGCCGGUAGAGAUCUAAAUUUUUUUAGAGAAGCAAGCUAUUCAUUUUGCUAUUAAGUUUUUGUUAAUCAACCGAAUAAUCUUACUUAACUGGCCUAUUUGUAUACGCGUAAAAUGCCGCCCUUGAUUGUGAAAUUUCUUCUCCGAUUGAUCAAACCACAGGUGAAAAGCCAACAUUCAGAUUUUGUGAGAAUGCCCUAGUACACACUUGGUUAUAUGUAGUCAAAUAGGGAAAAGUUGUAAAUUCUUUUGGUGGAUUAACCUCUUUCUUGUGAUGC